AUGGACAACACUGAAAAGCAUCUCACCACGAUCGACUUCGUGGCAUCAAACAAGCCGGACGAAAUCGACCACCCAGACCACAUCUUGUGGCAAUGCAGACCGACAACCAAGCUUACCUUCAAGGACAAGGUUCGUGGCAAGGAGCCCUGUCGGCGUAUCAACUACAUGGAGAACGAUAUCUGCGCUGGGUGUUCUGCAAAGCGUACGGUCGGGGCCCUUGCGAUGGCUCGUGAAGCUAGAGUCAUUGGUGAGCUCAUCUCUCAUGAUGUGUACGGCAAUGAGAUUUGGCGGUAUAAGGUGGAGGAGUAA